AUACGCAAACGGAGUAGUGCAAGUCAUGAUCGAGAGACACCAAUCUGUCAUUUUCUGUCUUUUGUGUCCUGGUUACCUUUACAUCACUGAGGGUUUAAUUACUGCUCAGCAAGCCACACAGGUGCCUCACUGGGGACCAGACGGGUAAAAUCAGGUGAGACUAGGCGAAAACAAAAGGUUGCCAGUCAGCUGAGCUCAGAUAUUAUAAACUCGCCCGGUUAAUGUGCACCGUAAUGAGAACAGAUCUGUACCAACAUGAGAGAAACUGCGUGUGCCUGUGAAGAAGAAGGCACUGGUCUUGUAGGUGGGAAACAAAGUGUCCUUGGAUGAGAGGGAAGCGGAGCGCAGUGGAGUUAAACAUCUUUAGCUAAAAGCUCAUCCCCGACUUGCCUCUCGCCGGUUCUUCUACAUCCACCCACUCCCACACCAUGUCAGGGCAUGUUGCCCCAGUGCCCCAGCAGGGGGAUCCCGCUGCUGCUUCCGUGCCCAGCCGUGGCUCCGGUCCAGGGGAACCCAUGGAUGUGGAAUGCCCCAUCUGCUACCAGGAGUACAACCGCUACAACAAAUGCCCCCGGAUGUUGGAGUGUCUCCACGUUUUUUGCACCGAAUGCCUCCAGAGGAUCCAGCUCUGCCCCCCCGACACCCACAGCCCACAAGCUGUUCCUUGCCCUCUCUGCCGCCAUCUGACCCCACUGGAAACCGGGGAUGCCCUCACCUUACCCUGCAACUCCCGCAUCCUGUCCUGGCUGCCCCCCGUGGCCUUCCACCUGCCCAUGACUGUGACCUCGCGGAUGGCUACAGUCACCCAGAGAGUGGUGCUCUCCAUGGAGGGCAACAGCAACAGGGACACCCGCUUCAUCAUCUUACCCACCGUCAGCCUGCGGGUGCAGCAGAUGCACCCUGACACGCCUUAUGGCACAGCGCCUGGCCUGGUGGGCGAAGAGGAAAUCAUACAGCAGAGCAAGAAGACGCUGUUUUGUGUGCAGAUCCUGGCUGUGAUCUUCUGGGUGCUGUUUGUGAUCACCUGUGUGUUCGGGGUGGUGUUUGGGCCACAUUUCCUGAACAGGAAAUUUUAGAGUUACAGAAACUGUUUGCAAGUCUUUUUCUAUUAACAUGUUUUUUCACAAGGGGUUGCUCCAGAAGACAGUUCUGCGUACGGGAUUUGAUAUAUUUUUUUGUGUUACAGUGGAUACUCUUCCUGACACAACUCCAAAGAGCUUUGUGUCUCCUCCUGAUCUCGAACUGGUGAGCUGUCACAUGCAAACUACUACACUAGAGUUCACUCCUUAAAUGUAUCCUUACUGAAUGCCUUCAGUAGAGAUUUUUAAUCAAUGAUAGCUUGAUAAAGCGUGCCCCCUAGUGGUUAAUAUGGAAACAAACAAACCCUGAGGUUUCUUUAAUCGUUCUCAUCAUACUUAUUAUGUUUGAUUAUAAUAUUUUGCAGCAGCUGACUCUGCUGCCAAAGAAUAAAAUAAAUGAGGUCCUCAGUCCUUUACUUUGUGCAGGGUGUACAUGUUUGGAAAUCAGUGAAAGUGGCCUAACUUUAAUAAUCUACAUGUGAACGCACAUGUAUGUAUUUCAUCAGUGUGCACUCAUUUCUCUCACCUGUGAUGUAAACUACAGCAAACGUAGUUUGCUGAACACUUCUGCCCCAUUAUGGAUAUUUAGAACAAUUUUCAUGGUAAGUGAUAGUAAUUUCUCUGUGCUUAAUAUGUUGGUAUUAUGUUUUGUGGAGUUGUAAUUAUUACAUUUGUAAUAGCCAGAUUAAAUGUUUCAUUAGCUGUAAUAAUGAUAUUUAACAGUGCUAAGUACGUUUUUGUAUUCCUACUGGAUUUCUCUGUGGUGUGUUUGUGUGUGUGUUAAACUUUUUUUUGUGUGUGAACCUUAUGUCUUGCCAUUUUGUAGUUAAUCCUUUUCACGAUAAAUCUGACUUUGAAUUGGAUCAUUAACAUCUAAGGUGUAGAAGGAUGGAAACAGGGAGCUAAAUUUUGUGCCCUUAAGUUAUAAAUAAAGAUGAGAAAUAAGAUGUGUGAAGACCAAGGGGUGGGGUGGGGUGGGGGUAGGAGGUAGGGGGUUAGAAGGAAAUGAGUAUUGAGGUGAGAGUAGUAAAUUUUAAAUAUAGGGACUAUGACUGUUAACAAAAUCAGAGAAGCAAGAUUGAGAUGGUUUGGACAUGUGGACAGAGGACAAAGGAGGAUGGAGCUGGAGCUGCCAGGCUGGAGGAGAAGAGGAAGAAUGGAAAAGGAUGUAUUGAAGGAGGUCAUGUAGAGGGUUGGUGGGACAGAAGAGGCGAUAGCCAAAAGAAGAUGAUUAGCAGUGAAUAAAAACAUGAGUACACAUGAGUUUCUUUUUAACCUGUGGCUAGGCAAACAUUGUGCUGAUAUUUAUUAGCUUCUUGUUUUGAAACAUGAAAUAUGCUCUAUGUUAAUAAAAUGCUCACGCUAUGCACUGUAUUCUUCUGUUUGACACUGACACCCUAUUAAACAUUCAGUUUGCCCCA